AUGUCCCUGUCGCAGUCGUUCAUGGUGUUUCUAUUCUGCCUUCGACGUUUCAAGCGUUUCCUAUGUGCCCUCUUCUUAGUCACUGCUUCCCUGAUAAGCUACCAUUUUUACGCUGGAAAAAUACGGCUUGGGGACGACAACAAAUCCUCUCUGCGCGAAUUCCGUCCAAGGAUUACUGUCACCGACUACAGACUGCUCUUGGAACUUACACGGAUCUUCUCUAAGGCAGUCGAUUCGGAGAACCUUACUUAUUUUCUGUACGGCGGGAGUUUACUAGGAUCUUACAGGCACCAUGGGUUUAUACCUUGGGACGAUGACGUUGAUAUUAUGAUGAAUUCUUCCCAGAAAGACGCUAUCCGACGGGUUCUUAGUUCCUACGAACCCGAGUAUAAGCUGUACGCACCACCGCACAAACAAUGGAAAUUCUAUCGAGCCGAAUCGAAACACCUGAAAGAAAAACCUUUCCGCUGGCCGUAUGUCGAUAUUUUCUUCUUCCGCGAGGAUGAAAACAGAAUUUGGGACGAAUUCUUUUGGUACCAGUUUACAUAUGUCUACGAAAAGAAGAAAGUGUUUCCUUUGCAAAACCGGCCGUUUGAUAAUCUAAGUUUGCCGGCCCCUUGCGACGUCUCCAGUUUUCUGGGUAACUAUGCCUCUGAAAUUUGUAUGACUAAUUCUUUCUCACACAGACAGGAGCGCUGGCUAUACAAGCGAGCUCAGGUACCCUGCCAGGCAUUGGCCGGUAUAUCUCAUCUUCGUCCUUCUCGGUCUCUCUGUGUGUUUCUUUCAUUCUCUCUCUCUCUCUUUCAUUUACUAUCUCUGUUUCUUUUUCUCUCUGUCUAUCUGUUUCUUUUUUUGUCACUCUCUGUUUCUUUCCUUCUGUUUCCUUCUUUCUUUCUUUCUUUCUUUCUUUCUUUCUCUCUCUCUCUUUCUUUCUCUCUGUUUCACUAUUUCUUUCAUUCACUUUCUCUGUUUCUUUUUUACUCUCUCUCUUUUUUUUUGCUUUCUCUCUCUCUCACUCUGUUUCUUUCUUUCUAUCGCUAUUUCUUUCAUUCUCUCUGUCUCUGUUUCUUUCUUUUUCUCUCUAUUUCUUUCAUUCUCUCAUUCUUUGUUUCUUUCUCUCUCUCUCUCUCUCUGAUUCUUUCUUUCUCUCUCUAUUUCUUUCAUUCUCUCUCUCACCCUUUCUUUCAUUCUUUCUCUCUUUCAUUCUCUUUGUCUCUGUUUCUUUCAUUUUCUUUGUCUCUGUUUCAUUCUUUUACUCUCUUUCUCCCCGUUUUUCUCACUCUAUUUCUUUCAUUCUCUCUCUCUCUCUCUCUGUUUCUUUCGUUAUUUCUUUCAUUCUCUCUCUGUUUCUUUCAUUCGCUUUCGCUCUGCUUCAUUCUUUCUCUCUCUCUCUCUCUUCGUUUUUUCUCUCUCUAUUUCUUUUAUUCUCUCUUUCUUUUUCUCUCUAUUUUUUCAUUCUCUCUUGCUUUGUUUCUUUCUUUCUCUCUCGCUCUCUAUAAUUCCUUCUCUCACUAUUUCUUUCAUUCUCUCUUUUUGUUUUUUCUUUCGAUCUCUGUUUCAUUCUUUCUCUUUCUUUCUGUUUCAUUCUUUCUCUCUCGCCGUUUUUCUCCCUCUCUAUCUUUUCAUUCUUUCUCUCUGUUUCUUUCUUUCCCUCUAUAUUUCUUUCAUUCUCUUUUUCUCUGUUUCUUUCUUUCUCUCCGUUUCUUUCAUUCUCUUUUUCUCUGUUUCUCUCUCUCUUUCUAUUUCUUUCUUCCAUUCUCCCUCUCUCUCUCACUCUCUCCGUUUCUUUCUUUAUCUCUGUUUCUCGCUCUCUCUUUUCUUUCUUUUUUUAAUACUAAAGAAACCUCAAGAAACUUUUCAAUAUCAAUCUGUCCGUGUCUCCUCAUAAUCUAUCUAUCUAUCUAUCUAUCUAUCUAUCUAUCUAUCUAUCUAUCUAUCUAUCUGUUAGUGUCCCUAUCUAUCUAUCUAUCUAUCUAUCUAUCUAUCUAUCUAUCUAUCUAUCUAUCUAUCUAUUGCAGUCUCUUCAUAUCUAUCUAUCUAUCUAUAUCAGUCUCUUCAUAUAUAUAUAUAUAUAUAUAUUUUAAUUUUCCGUCUAUCUAUCUAUCUAUCUAUCUAUCUAUCUAUCUAUCUAUCUAUCUACCUCAGCCUGUUCCCAUGUCUCUAUCUGUCUAUCUCUCUACCUAUCACUCUGUACAUAUCUAUCUAUGCCGUUCGACCAUUUUUAAAAAAUUAGUUUUCUAUAUGCGUAUGUGUGCGUAUGCCUAUUUCUGUGUAUAUAUGUGGGGUUCACGCGGACAUACACACCCUGCCUCAUGCACAUAUAUACACAUAUAA